UGGUGCUUUUCAUUUGGUUCAAGUCGCGCUGUUGUUGCGGUUGUAACAAUUUUUUGUUAUUUUCUUGCUCUUCUUGUUGUGCUUGUUGUUGUUGUUGUUAUUGCUGCCACGUUCGUGUACGAAAAUAAAAUAUAUAAAGUCGCCAUUGCCUUAAACAAUUUAGCCAGCAGGCAGUUGUCAGCUUUAAAAACAACGUCGCACACAGACACACGAAAGAAAUAAAAACAUUCGUGGUUUGAGCAAAUUUUAAUUCAAUCAAAAUUCUUGUGGCGCGGGCGCCGCUUGUUGUAAGCACGUUAAGAAGUCGCUGUACCUCGUGUGUGUGAUAUAACAGCACGCAAAAGGAGUUGGCCUCAAGGCGGAGGAGCAGCAGCAGCAGCAGCACUAGACGCAGUCGCAUCAACAAAAGGCAAAAGUAAAUUGCUAAGCUCCCAAUCAUGAUGCAGCACCAGCAUUGAACUCAAUCUCAAGCUGAAACUCAACUCACCUCACCGACUACAACUACUACUAUUACAAUAGCUACGAAUAAUUCAACGCAAUUUCUGCCCAAUUCUAAUUCAAAAUUGUUGAAGGGCGUCCGCAAUAUAUAAAUGAAGCAUCAUGGGAAAUGGCAUGAACAAGGUCUUGCCGGGACUAUAUGUGGGCAAUUACCGCGACUCCAAGGAUCACCAGCAGCUGGAAAAGUUCAAAAUAACGCACAUUAUUGCCAUACAUGACAGUCCAAGGCGCUUGCUGCCGGACAAGCAUUAUUUGUGUGUAAUGGCCUCGGAUACGCCGGAUCAGAAUUUGUCGCAAUACUUUUCGGUGUGCAAUGAUUUUAUACACGCCGCUAGACUGCGUGAGGGCAAUGUGCUCAUCCAUUGUCUGGCGGGCAUGUCGCGUUCGGUGACUGUUGCUGUGGCUUAUAUAAUGACGGCCACCAAUCUGAACUGGAAGGAGGCGCUUAAGGUGGUGCGCUCGGGACGCGCUGUAGCUAAUCCCAACUCGGGAUUUCAGACGCAGCUGCUGGAGUUCGAGCAGUACAAGCUGGGCGAGGAGCGUCGGCGUCUGCGCGAGCGCUUUCCCUCCUCUGCGCUGGAGCAGCUGGAUCGCAUUAAGUGCGGCCUGGCGCUGGACAAUUAUCAGGAGCUGCUGCAGAAUCGCGACAUCUGCGAGGGCAACUGCUCGCGCGGCGAAAAGUGUCCCACAGGUGUUUGCAACAUGGAUCCCACUAAGGGUUUGUUCCGGCGGCGACCCUCGAGCGCCUCCACCACAUCAAGCAGACUGCGCGCUCAGUCCUCCAAUGCCAACACGCUGACCGUGAGCAGCGCCGCUCAAUCCUGUCCUACUUCGCCCAAGCAUUCGCCACUGCCGCGUCGCUCGGUCGGCGGCGAGCGCAUACCCGAGGAUGACGAAAUUGUUGUGGUUCAUCAGCCGUCCAGCACCUCCAGCGAGGCAGCGGAGUAUGCAGCUGCCUUUGAAGAUGCACGCAGGGAACGCCACCAGCAGCAGCAGCAGAGACCAGAGCAGCGACAACUGCCGCGCUCGCCAUCGCGUCAUAGCAUCAAGUUGGCCGGCAGAGGCAGCUCCAUGGGCGGCACGUCAACGGGGCGUGUCGGCAGCGCUGGCACGCAGCGCGAAACAGAAUCCAGGGAGGGCACUGCGCCAUUGCAACGCAGCUCGAGCACGAUCAGCGGACUGGGAGUGCGUCCACGCAGUAGUCCGGCCGGGCUUCAUGCCUAUACGGCUGGUUCUGUGCCCUCCUCUGCAAACAAUUCGCGUUUGGAUUUGCGUGAUUUGGACAAAGGAUCUGCCAUUUAUUUGGGCUGCACCGCACCACGCGCCUCUACACUGUCAAUAGCUUCAUCGCGUGGCUCCUCUGGCGGCUCAGCACCGCCCUCCCCCUGCCAUACGCCACCUUCCAGUCCCAGGCAUGGCAUCAAGAGAUCCACCAGUCUGGCCAAAAAGCCCAGAUGAAGAACUUUUGCUUUGCUGUAAACUAACUGCACCCAUUUGCAAUUAAAACGCGCGCGACCUGCACACAUUUUAUAUAUAUGGCAUACUACUAUAAUCUCGAUUUUCCAACUCGAGUUAAGUUUGCUUGCUGGACCAGGAAAAUUCGCUAGCGAUACUUUUUCACUUUCUGCUCUUAAUGUUCGAGACAAUUAUAGAAAAAUCUUUUGGCUUUAGCUUUAUCAAAAUUUGUUGAACAAAUUUUUUAAAAGGAAUUGUGUUUGCGACAUUCCACGAAUCAAAUUAGCAACAAACUAACACACACACAUCGGAAAAUUCGUACAAAAUAGACAAAUUGUUGAAAUGUUAUUUUUUUCAGCAAGGCAUUUAACAAAUACAA